CAAAACUUGUAAGACUCUUCAAAAUGUUCCAAACACAGUAACACUGAAACACUCUCCAAAAGCAUUUUUUUUUUUUUGCAUGAGAUAAAGAGAUAACUUUUAUUAUGUUAUUUUUCUUCUUUAAGGGGGGCAGUGGUGACGGUCCACUUUUUUGUCUUUCCAUUGGGACAUCAGAUGAAACUUCAAGCACUGACAGCAUGGAUGUUGGUGAAGAGAGCGAUGUGAAUGGUAAGUUCAGCUUUGCAUUGUCUCUGUGGAAUAGAACAGCUAUGAAUAUAUGAUGUGGCACUUUCCCUGUGACCGUAAGUAAAAGGGGAUUAAAUUGGUAAAUUAAUCAUUUUAGACACAGCAAAUGGUAAAAAUUACUUGAUGUGAAAACCACUGCUGUGUUUUUAGAUUUUUCACAUUUUGGAGAUAAACCAAAAGUAUGUCCCAUGGUGUGACUAAAGCCAGCAUGACUUAGUGGAUGACAACUUUGAUAAAAACAAAAUAUCAAAUUUGCUGAUAAACAUUUUUGGCAUAUUUGUACAAAAGUUUCCCUUAGAAAAUGACAUUCAAACUUUUACAUUCAUACAUUUUUUAAUCCAUAGAAACAGUUUACCAAAAUCAAUGUUGUGUGACACCAUAUUGAUUUUUGUCACUAACAUCUUAGUUAACACUGCUUGGCAGCACCUGUGUCCAAAUGGACUUGGAGCACUUUGUCGCUCUAACUGAUCUUGUUUCUUCUUGUCUUUACAGUCACUAGGACUUGUUGGUUGAUAAUAGAUGGGGUUUUGUCCUUCUGAUCUGCGCUAUGUAUUAAAUCAGUUAUUGCCUGAUACUUUGUUUUUUUGUUUUUUUUUUGAAGAACAUUGUGUCCUUAUACAUUGUUUAUAACAAAAAAAGUUAAUGAACAAUUCUGUGGUCAAACCAAAGAGUAAAACUUAAUUGGUAGGCCAUCAAAACUUUGUGCCUUCUUUGGAGAAAAUUAUCAAUUGCCCUCUUAAACUCUGACAGCAUUAUUUCUUUUCUUAACUCUUUGUUCAUCCUACAAACCUCUCGACUGAGUUUAAAAAGGCCAAAUGAUCAGUAUUUUAUGUCUUUUCAAAUCAUGAUGUAUUUCCAUAAAAAGUUCCAGAUUUUCUGUUAUUUUAUUUUCAGUUAUCAGAUGAGGAGAUAUGUCCUUCAGGGUUACAAUAUUUCUUUUAACUAUUCUUUAACUUAAGUUAUUCAACUGUUUACCUGUUUUAUGAGACAAUUUAUGUAAUAAUUUGAGUUUUUUUCAGUGAUUUGAUCAUUUUUUAGUAAACGACUAUCAUAUCGUAAUUGAAGUUUUUGUAUAUUUUAAAGGUAAUUUUUUUUAAUGGUCUGAAGAAAGUUCCUUUAAUUUCCCCCUCUGUCAGCCUAUUUGUCUAAUAAGGGCCCGAACCAACACUGCAAACAGCAGGCGAGAGCCCUAUUGAAAUUGUAGGAAUUAUUUAUUAGUAUUAACUUUAAAAGUUUUUCAACUUGAAAAUCCCCUAGACGGGCUCAAAAGCUCAUGAAAUCUGGCACGCAGCUCGGACCAGCAAAAAUUUGCAUAUUUCACUGGGCCCCUACAUGGAGGAGAAAAAAUUGCUCUCUAGCCCACCCUACAGUUUUCAUGCUCGUGGAGUUUCCUGUAUAACCCCUUACACUGGUUCCAUCUCCACCAGAUUUUAGUCAUUUGAUAAUGCUCCGGACAAUUUGACACCAAACUUACAUCUAUUUGUUGUAGCGCCACCUGGCGGCAGAGAGGAAUCAAUUUUUUGGCUAAUGGCCUGUCACUCCUUCUUUAAUAAUGGGAUGCAGCUGAGAUUUGUUCACGGCAAGAAAAUCAGCACCAUGUUUCGCUAAACUGCGCCUAGGUGGCGCUAUGAAAUGUCUAAAAAAAAGUAGCAAUCUGUCAUAUUGCUAUAGAAAUGCACAGCCACAUAAAAUAUGGUACACAGAUCCGGAGUCAAAAUAGAGAUCCAACUAAUAUUGGCUUCAUAGCGCCCCCUAUAAAAUUUCAAAAAUUAAGCCACUCCUCUAUGUGUUACCUACAGCUAUGGAAUCUGGGACACUAAUGUUGAACUUAAAGACGAACGAAAAAGCCUCUUGGACCCAUGGGCCAUGUCCAACCAGAGGUUGGCCAUUUUGGUUUGAAAAUUGGUGUUUUGAGAUUUUUCAUCCUCUUUUUAAGGUGUUUUCAAAAACUUUUAAUUUGAUUCAGAAAUGAAGGUCUUAUAGAAACACAACGUCUUGAUACAUUUUUUUGAUGACUUGGAACUUUUCAUUUCACACCCUCCCUCCACCUAUUGCCAUUCCAGGUGAAUAUGGUGACUUAGUUUUCUACGUUUUUAAAUAAAACGAUAUAAAAAGGUGUUUUUUUUCAGAGCACAUAGCUGCUUCAUGGCCAGGGCAAACCAAAGAAGAGAAUCAGUGUGCAAGAGAUGACACAAGCAACAAAAACAAAUAAACAAACUUGAUAAAAACAAAAGACCGACACAUACCCUGUGGAACUUUAUAUUUUUUUACCUUCUUGUAAGCCAACAAAACAAAACUAGUAAUUUAAAUGGUGCACUACAAAACUAAGCAUAGUAAUAAUUAGGCAAGUCAUACACUCUUUAGACAAAAAUGAUUCUGACUGAACUACAUACAAACCUCAAUUCCAUUGAACAACGUUGUGUAAAAUGUGAAUAAAAACAAUGUACAGAGUACUAUACCUGCCUGCCAGCAGUCCAGACCUAUCUCCCAUUUUUUUGAAGCACAAAAUGACAACAACAGAGACCACAGACCAUUGAGCAACUGUAUUAGAUACUGAAAUGAUCAAAGACUGAUUUGAAAUAACAAAAAUGUUUAUUCCCACAGAGAGACAACUGGAGAAGCUGUUGAAGGACAUGAAACUUGAGCACCUCUACCAAGAGAAGCUGUCCCUCAGCAGAAUACUCCAGAUUGAUGAGAAGACCAUCACUGAUGAACCUAACGAGUGUAAUUCAGAUCUUCUAUGGUAUUUUCUAAAGAAACUGAUGAUGGUUAAUGUGACAGCUAGAAAUGUGAAAUUCGCAUCAACAUCUGAAUCAGCCUAUGCUGCUCUCAUGGAUGGAACAGUGCAAGAUUUAGUUGGACUGUUAAAAGGUCUGCAAUCAAAUGACACACUGAAUCCCCUUGACAUUAUCACUGCUCUGUUUCUGUGUUCUGAUAGUUUUGUUCAGCAAGAAAUAGUUCUCAAAAUGUCCAUGUGUCAGUUCGCUGUGCCUCUGCUGCUUCCUAACUGUGACACAAAGCAGUGCACACUCAUGCUCUGGGCCAUGAGAGACAUAGUUAAAAGUUACACACCUUCAUUGCUCUCAGAGUCCAGGGGCUUUGUUGAAGACAGAAUUGUUGUCUCUAAACUUCCAAUGGUUUCUUUUGUGAGACUGGGUGAGUGCUCCUUGUCCAAGUCAGAGAUCCUUAACAAACUUCUGAGCAACUCCCAGCAGUACCAUGACACCUUUGUUCACCGUAACAUGGAGAAUGGUAACUGCCCAAGACAGAUAUCCAAUGGAUUGACUGAGAUUUCCUGGUACCUACCCUGUGGGAACAAAAACAUGGAUGUUUUCAGUGUGCCGGUGGCUGUAGCUAACCUUCGAGGGAAUGUCACUUCUUUUGAAACUCAGUUCUCUUUUUUGUGUGAGACAUCUGCAGCAGUUUUUGUGUUCUUUGACAGUCUAGACUCUGAGUGCAAGCUGCUUUCAAACCUGGACCACAACAAGGCACAGAUCUUCUUAGUUGGUAACCAUCAAAGCCAGCGAUUCAAUAUGGAUGCUGUGGAAAAGGUUGCAAACAAGAUGACUGAAACUAAAAUCCUGCUGAAGACUUCUCAAAUUAAUGAUGCAGACUUCAUAAAGAUUCUGCAUCAAACACUCAGCAACGUAGUCGAGAACCCUAAGACAAAGAUAAGAAUUGAAGAGAUGGCAGACAUUGCCCGUAAAUUGAAAAUCCAGGGUGAUGAGGACUGUGAAAAGUGCCAGGAAGCAAAGAAAAAUGCGAAUGCUGCCACUGAAAAAAUUGAAGAUAUCCUGAAAUACAAAGAAGCUCAGCUGCCAUUGCAAGGUGAAACAUGGAAGGAACUUUCCUGCUUAGAGAAGGAAGAGUUUCGGCUUCGAAAAGUUGGGUCUAAAAACAUAGAAAAGUACAAAAGUGAUCUUCGGAAACAGAAAGCACAGCUUCGGAAAAAACAGAACUCCUGCAAUACAUCUGAUGCAAUGAAACGUUUCUUCACCGCAAUCUCAGGUUCAGAUAUUGAAAGGCAUUACUUCCUGAAAUGGAUGCAAAUGAAUCUUGAUAAUCUGUCCCGAGAGAAACUAUCUGAACUCAGAGAGGCUUACAAAAACAAAAAUAAGAGCCCUGAAAACAAGGAGGAAAUCAAAGAAAUUGACAGACAACUUUCCAGCAGCUCACUUGGGAUUGAACACUUCUUCCGUGAAAUGGGUCAGAUCUAUGAAGCUUCAGUCUCUCUUCCAGAAACAGAUGAGUCACGUCAACAGUUAGAGCAUCUUCCCAGACUAUGUGCAGAGUUGUUGCUCGAUGGAUUUCCAGUGGAGCUUGUAGAUGGUGAUGUGUCUAACAUACCUCUCAGAUGGGUGACUGAUGUUCUGUCUGAGCUCAAUGGCUUGGUGUCUCCUAAAAACAAGAUACUGGUAGUCACAGUUCUUGGAGUUCAAAGUACAGGGAAGUCUACACUCCUCAACACCAUGUUUGGAGUUCAGUUUGCAGUUAGCACUGGUCGAUGCACUCGAGGUGCUUUCAUGUUGCUCAUAAAAGUGAAUGAAGAUGUAAAAAAAAAGCUGAACUGUGACUUCUUGAUGAUCAUCGACACUGAGGGCUUGAAGUCACCAGAGCUUUCAAAACUAGACAACAGCUAUGAACAUGACAAUGAGCUUGCAACUCUCGUGGUGGGGUUAAGUGAUAUUACUCUUGUCAAUCUUGCAAUGGAGAAUGCAGUAGAAAUGAAGGACAUCCUACAGAUAGUGGUUCAUGCGUUCCUGAGGAUGAAGGAGGUGGGCAAAAAACCGAAGUGUCUCUUUGUUCAUCAGAAUGUGGCCGAUAGAUCAGCCUCUGGAAAGAACCUGCGAGAAAGAGAACUGCUCCUGGAGCACCUAAAUGAGAUGACUCAAGCAGCAGCCAAAAUGGAAAAAAAGGACUACAAGAGCUUCACUGAUGUGAUCGAAUACAGUCCAGACACUGGAACCAAGUACAUCCCAGGGCUCUGGAGCGGGAGUCCACCAAUGGCACCAGUUAAUGCAGGGUACAGCGAGGCUGCUUAUGAGCUCAAGAAGAGCAUCUUUGAGAUUCUGGGAAAAAGUGAGACUUCUGCUUACAACAUCUUGGAGUUUUCAAAGUGGAUAACAAACCUGUGGAGAGCUGUCAAGCAUGAAAACUUCAUCUUCAGCUUCAGAAACAGCCUGGUGGCUGAUGCAUACAUGAAGCUCUGCACAGAAUUCAACAAGUGGGAAUGGGAAUUCAAAAUGGAAAUGUACUCAUGGACAAAAAAGGCAGAAACAAAAAUCUCUAACUUUGGCAUGGUGAAAUCUGAGAUGUCUGACAUUGGACAACUUCUCACACAUUUGGAAAGCGAAGCAUGCUCAGAGCUGUCUAAAUGGGAGAAAAAGCUUCUUGACAAUCUGGAAAAGUACUUCAAGCAAACAGGAGGUCAUGUCCAUCUUGUGGAACCAUACAGGGAAGACUUUGCCAACAGUGCAAAGAGCCUUCACCGAAAUAUGGAGAGGUCUGUAAAAAACCAGCUCACCGUUGCAACAGACAUCAGAAAAGGGAUGAUAAAAGUUGACAAAAUCAAGGUGAGCCACACAAAAGAACUGAAAGAGAGAGUGCAAGCAUUGAUUGAAGAAUGCCAUAAAAAAAAAGUUGACAUGACAGACGAAAACUUGGACACAGAAUUCGACAACAUGUGGAGUAAAAUGGUAGAGGAGCAACAUUUUCCAAAACAAAAGGACAUCAAUGUGUUGACAAAAGCAUAUAUCUGUUUACAAAAACACCUAAAACCGAAGGGAAGUCAUGCAUGUGAACUCUUAGAUAAAACAAGACUGGAAGAUUGUGGAAAGGUCCCUUUCAAAAAUGCAUUCGAUGGAAGAGUCAAACAGUGGUUCCACGGUUUGCUUGGGGCUGAAGAUAAGGCACAAAGACUGGCUGAGCAGAUCAUUAACGAUUGCACACAAUUUGUGAGAGAAAAAGAGAACAGAAAAACCGACUACCAUGACACCUUCAUUCAGGAGAUCCUACUCAUGAUCGAUGAGAAGCUGGAAAACAACCAGGAUGUUGAGAUAAAGACAGCCUUUGAGGUUUCUCUGAAACAGCACAUCUGUUCAUUCGCAGCCAGGGAUUUUCAGAAAAUGCAUGAAGAUUUCAUUGACAUGAACGACCCCUACAGAUGUCUCCACCAAAACAAAGAGAGGUUCAGAGUAAAUUUCAAGGAUGAGUUUCAUGAGCUAGACCUCUGCCAGAAAAAAGCAGAAGAGUUCACAGACCACUGCUUGAAACCAGCUGUGGAAGACUUUGUCAAAAGCUCCCUUGGUAUGGAUAUCGUUGGUGUCAUGAAGGAGAAGGUCCAGUUCAGCACCCGAAUGUUCUUCCAGUAUUCAGUCCUACUGGAUUUACUUAAAAGGGAUAACUUCAAGGACUACCUGAGCUAUAUCUGCUCAUAUGAGCAGUUUGUCAGGCAAUGGAUCCUUGAUGAAAUAGAAAAGCUCUUGACCAAUGAGUCUGUGUCAGAGUUUGAGGAGCAACAUCUCAAGUCAAGUAUCAGGAUCUUAACUGCUGCAGUGGACAAAGCUCAAACAAAGGAAGGUGGUAACCUGGAGAAAUUUAUUCAAGACUUCCGUGAAGAACUUGUUGAUACUCUGGUCAUUACUGAGGAUUCUCUCAGUCCUUUCAUGGUCCUGAACAAUGUCAACCACAAACAGUUCGCUCAGGGUCUCAAAGUGUAUGUGACAGACUUGACAGAAACUCUUUCGAAGGAGUUUGAAAACACAGACAUCAAAAUGAAACUUGCAAAUGUUGUCGUAAAACCUCAGGAUGAGCUUUACAAUAAGCUCAUUGGAUGUGGUAAACAGUGUCCAUUCUGCAAAGCACCCUGUGAGGCUGGAGCCGAAGUGCAUAAAGAGCACUUCGCUUCAUCUCAUCGACCAGAGGGUCUGGGCAGAUACAGAUGGACUAAAUCAGAGAAACUUCUCAUUGACAUCUGCACUUCCUCUGUGAACAGUGACAUUAAAUUCCGCUGUAAAGCCACAAAGAAUGAAUACCACCCCUACAAACAGUACAAAGAAAUCUACCCUGACUGGCUAAUUGCACCAGACACAAGCCUUGAGAGUUCAGACUAUUGGAAAUAUGUUCUGAACAGGUUUAACCACAAGUUUGCUAAGGAAUAUGAUGCAAAGCCUGCUGAAAUUCCUGAUGCAUGGAAAGACAUCAAAAAGCAGCAUGCGGAAGAGAGUCUGAAAAGGUCAUUCCAGGUUAAAUGAAACCUUAACGAUAUUUCCCCUCACUGACCUUGAGUAAGUAAACUUCUCCUUUCAUGGAUCCUUUGAGUUAGUUUUUUGAGUGUGAAAGAAGGAAAUCAAAAGAAGUACUAUGCUGAGUAGGGUGACAAAGCUGAAGAUUUUAUUAGCACAUAAGAUACUUUACAACAAAAGCCAAUGCCAACAUGAAGAAAAGCAGUGAAUGACUGUUUUUUUGUUAAUUCUGCAUGACAAAGGAGUUCACUAAGUUUGUUUUGUUUUUGUUUUUUUUAUCAGGAAUAUUUUUGGAGUCAUUGCUCAUGUUUGGACUCAUUUUGAUCUGACUAAAGGUCUUUAGAUUGAUUCAGUGUGCAUUGUAUUUGAAGAGUUUUGUGUGACUAACAGAUUUUAGAGUUUUGCUUCUGUACAUACAGACAAACAGUACUUUAGUGUGUUGAAUAAUGUGUUAUCCUUUAAAGAAUUUUUACAGCUCCAAUCAUUAAGGUAUAUAUCCUCUGUUGUGUUUGAUUGAUUUUGACUUUAUAAAAGAAAAGUAUCUUUUAAUCAGAAACUGUUUUGGACAAUACAGUUUACUGUGUGUUUAUGGGUCUAAGUGUGUAAAGUCAUUUACAGUUGUGAACUUUAAAAGAUUACAUUUAAAAAUGUCAUUUAUUGUGUUAUUUUUACCUUUACAUUUUCAGUUUAUCUGUUAAAUCCAAUAAAAGGCUUACUGGCUGUACUUUCUCAUUUGCAUUAUCAUCAGGUAUUUAGUCCAAUAAGUUAGAAUUUAGACCUUUUUUUCUCUCUUGUUUCAGUGAAAUUUCUUUGUCCUGGCUUUAUUUUUAUUUUAUUUUUAAAAGAUCUUUUUGUGUGUUGCUAAAAUUUGUUCACAACCCAUUCCUGUAAACUGAUUGAAUAAAUUCAUCAUUAAUGUUGUGACUAAA